GACUGCACAAGCCAUCUUUACCUGUGAAACAACCAUAAAGUACCUAAGGUUAGGUCGAAAUCAGGUCAACGCAAACAAGAAGCACCCGACUACAUAAAGGCAUAGCACACAUUACAUUUAGGCGGUUGUAGUAUCGCGUUUAAGACAAAUCUUGAUCCAACCGGAAACACGAGAAUGGGGCUCUAUGAAAUUGACCCUGAUGGCGACGUCCUACUUACCCUUCACAACCCGAAUGCCCCAUUUGCCGUCUGGGUUCCUGAAACCGAACCUGAACCCGAACCUGAACCCGAACCUCAACCUGAACACAUAAGUCUGUCUAAAGAGAGUUUAUACGACAAGCUCAGAGCUGACGAUACUGAUCCUACAUGUUCAUCACCCCCGGUUCAAUUCUUGGUCUCUUCACGGCAUUUAGUUUUGGCAUCGAAAUAUUUCCGGAGCAUCCUCCAAGGUCCCUGGGAAGAGGGCACUGUGAUCCAUUCAGAUGGCCGACGCCACAUCUCCGCUCAGGAUUGGGAUGAGAUAGCCUUGAGCAUCUUAAUGCACGUUAUACACGGUCGUAACCGAAUCGUGCGCAGAUCGAUCACAUUGGAAAUGUUUGCCAAAAUUGCCGUUCUCGUAGACUAUUACAGCUGUCAUGAAGCCGUCGAACCUUGGUUGGACAUUUGGGAAGCUUCGCUUACGUCCCACACUUCCGAGAUAUGCGACAGAAGUCUCGUUCUACAGAUCCUCAUCUCUUCAAUUUUUGAGAAAAAGGAGCGGUUCAGAGAUGCAACGAAAAUAGCCGUGGAGCAUUGCAAAAAGGAAUUUCCGACGCUGGAGUUACCAAUAGUGGCAGUGGCCGAAAAGAUUAAUCAACGGAGGCAGGAGCACAUUCGCCAGAUAUUCGAUUGUAUCUACAGUCUUUGUACGCUCUCAAGUGAGGAUUCCAUUGGAUGUAAUUUUGCGUGCUCGUCAAUGUUACUUGGUUCACUCAUCAUACAAAUGCGCAAACAAGGUCUUGAUUCAAAACCAGAACCUCCGUAUAUUGGGUACAGCGUUGCAUCAACUAGGAAAAUGAUUCAUGAAUUUGAGACCCCACGUUGGAAUCAGUCCGAAUCCUACAACAGAUACGGCAACGGGUCCUUCCAUCGUUGUACCCUUUCCGAUCUAUUGAGGAAGAACUUGCCAAGUGGGGAGGUGGAAGGUCUUGAGUUGAAAGAUAUCUGCACCCCGGUUCAGGUCAAGAAGGAGAAGAAUAAGAAGAAGAAGAAGAAAACACAUCUUGAGGAUCCAUGGCGACUUAAUUUCUCAUCGAUCCAGUGAUGAGGAUAAAACAAAACAUGUUUUGGAGAGCAGGAGGAAAAGAGAUCACUUUGCCGU